UUGGAGGCAAUGCGAGGACCGCUCGAUGAAAUCGAAUCUAAACCACUGCGCACUUUCGAUGAGUUGCUACGCGACCUGGAGUCAUUGAAGAACUUGCUUGAUUCAAUGUCUGCCGAGUUCCGAGUGCGUGAAGAACUGGUUAAGUCGUUGGCUGUUAUCGAAAAGGAAUUAGACGAUAUUCACGCUUCAUUUAUUGGAAGGCGAAUUUCUUCACGUCAUCUUUCGGAAACUCAACAGCAGUUAGAAGAAAUUCGCAUUCAUUUAACCCGUCUCAGCAAAGAUAUCGAUGAGUUCAACGAGAACCGACGCCACAUAAUCAAAGAAAGUGAUAUUUCGACAAUGAGCAUGUUUGAACGUCUUGAUGAAAUCGAAAGGGAACUGAAACUGGUUGAAAUUGAAGAAGAACAGUCUGAAUAUGAUAUUGAUGCAGCUGCUGAGGUACUCGCUGCAGUUUAUCGAGAUCGCGAUCCAAGAAGUGUCAUGAGGGAACAAGGUAUUCCUUUUGAUGACCAAAGUAGCAGCGAUAGUUGCAAAUCGGACCUUGAAAUAGAGGUUGAAGAGGGUGGAGCAGCAGACGCUGCACUUUCACCCAUCCCAGAUGACCCUGCACCAGCUCUGUCUCAUUACGAACGAAAUCGUUCGCGAUGGAGGCGCAUUUUGCGAACAGCUCUACCACUGCAGGCGAUGUUGGUACUAUUGUUGGGAGCUGCAUGUCUUGUACCACAUUGCGACGAUGAAUAUUGCUGUCAAUUACUCAACAAUUUUGCAAGAAGCUUCGACCCCUCUCUCGAUUUUGUGAACGGGCCCCCUCCGUUUUAG